ACUGGGGACGACAUGAGACUUAAGUUAGUUACUGUAGAAAAAACCAUCACUGGACAUUAUGACAGGCAGACUCUGGCUUCUAUUAUUGAAUUAAAUGAGCGGGAUUGACCAUUGCAGACACUGGUGACGGACAGGAUGGAAGUUUCAUCUGAAGCUUCCUGGGAGAGCAGCACCUCCAGAAAGCGCAGAGCCUGGGCUAAGAGCAGGGAACAAUGGCACACUGUGGAUGAGAAUGUCAUGGGCACAACUUCUAGUUCAGGAGGUUCUGUUGACAAAAUAAAAAGCUGGCUUGAAGAUUGUGGAUCCUGUCAAGCAAGCCUACAGGAGGAGAGCAACCCCCCUGGACUAAAAGGGCUGAGUGCUAAGAACAGUUUUGAGGAUGACCUGAGUCUGGGAGCUGAGGCCAUGCUGUUACAGAGUCCAACUGAGUCAAACUCAUCACACACACCACAAGUCACCAAGAGUCAGCAGAUGUUGCAGAUGAGCAGGAGCAAGGCCUCAACUACUGUCUCUGGAGGAACAGUUGGAACAGUUUCCAGUGUCUCUGAAAUACUGGACAUGUAUAGAGAAGAUCCUGAAGAGAUUCUAUACAACCUUGGCUUUGGAAUGGAAGAGCCCAAUAUUACAGCAAAAAUUCCAUCCCGCUUUUUCAGCUAUGCAUCUCAUGCGAAUGGAAUAAAUUUUAGGGUCUUCUUGGAGGCUCAGGUGAAGAGGCUGGGCGAAGAAAAUCCCUGUUACACACUGGCAAGUCGGUUUCGACAAAUUGAGGUGCUGACAACGAUGGCCAAUGCCCUGACCUCUUUGUACUCUCGUGUUUCUAAGACACCAGUACAGAAAAUUGGACCUGUUCACCAGUUUUCUUUCAGUCCUGAUAAAUCCAUUGGAGGAGCUUCCAAUAAACUGCAAGAAGGAAAGGGCAGUCCUGGAAAAGCAGUUCAAAAACUGAGGAAAACGAUUACUAAAUUAUGUUUAUAUGGAGCAUCCCGGGACUUGGAAUCUCCAAAACAAAAGGCAGGAUCUCCAAGCAGGAAGAGCCCAGGAUUGGAGAUGACUAGUGAUCUCAGUAUGAAGACGAACUCUGUGAGAGCUGAGGUACAAGGGAUGGGAAUGACGAAUAAAGAAGCUUUGAAUUCAGGAGAAAAAAAUUCACCUCAUCCUGAAGAAGAAGGAGCGAGGAAGCCUAACAGUGCAGUCAUCAAGGAGAUGUGGAGGACAGACACUGCAAGAUCCAGACUGUAUGGAUUCAGUACGGAUUCUGACCAAUCUUGGGAAAUGGAAUUCCCUAUUAAGCAGCAAGAGUGUUCUAAUCCUGUGCCAUUGUAUUCUCCAGACACUGUUUGGAACUUUGGUGGAUGUGAGAAGCAACCUACUGAUACACAGGAGUUCAAACAUAUCGCACUGAUUCAGUGGAAUAGCCAGAGUAGCUCAGAAGAAAGUGAUGCUUUGAAACAUGAUGCAAAUCCACAGAAUAUUUUAGGAACCGUUGAUUCAGUUGGGUCUUUAUUCCAGAAAAGUGCAAUCCAAAAUACUUAGAAUGACAUGGGAUUUAUUUUUUAAUAUGGCCAGAGCCUCACAGAAACAUACCUGAAGAGUUACCAGGUACGUUCCCGGCAACACCAAUGCCAACACAGAUUGUCUGACUCAGCUCAAUAUGUCAUUAGUAUCAAAUUAAUCUGCACUCCAUGGGACUGAGAACUAUCCUCUUCCAGCAUGAAGAUCUCUUAAACGAGAGGAGAUUUGGUGAUCAAAGUAACGGCCAGUUUUAAACAACAAAUUAAAAAUUCACAAUCAACAUAAUAUUGCCUUCUGAGGGGACAGGUGAGGAGAAAAUGAAUUGGUCCUCACAUUGGAAAUGGGUGCAAGAACACUUACAGAAUCAGAGAAUACUUUAGCACAGAGGAGGCAUUCAAUCAACCAUCUUGUCACUAGCUCUUUUGAACAGCAACUUAAUUUAUUCUACUCUGCCAUUCUUUCAUGUAAUUUUUCUUGAUCAAAUAUUUAUCCAAAUCCGAUUGAAGCCUAUUCUUGAAUCUACAUCUAGUACUUUAUCAGGCAAUGUAUUCCUAUUCCUAACCAUUUGAAUAAAACAUUUUUCCUAAUGUUAACUCUGAUCUUUCAACUAUUCCCAUUCUUAACCAUUCAGUUGUUGGAAACUACUUAUUUUAUUUGUUCCAUCUUCUACCUUCCUGAAAUUAGAUACCUAUAUUCUGUUAACCUCUUCUCUGAGGAGAACACCAGCUUCUCCAACCAAUCCAUGAAGCUACUAUCUAUCAGCCCUGAAACCAUGCCAGUAAAUCUUUUCUGUAUUCUCAUUGAAGACUUCAUCACAUUCCUAAAGUCUGGAACCCAGAAUUGGAUCGCAUAGCCCAGCAAUAGGCCAAACUAACGUUCUCUCUGCCUGCCUGUCUGUCUGUCUCUCUCUCCUUACAUCAUUCCCAUUCAGUGUGGAUUGUCUCUCUUCAACCUCUCUACCAAAAUGAACCAUCUUGCAAUUUGUAGCCUAACAUGUGCAUGCUUUUUAUUUGAGCCUCCCUGCUCUCUUGAACUCAUUCCUUCCCUGUUUAAUGGACACCUAAAAUUUAUGCUAUUCACAGUUUUUGAAAUUGUGCUUUUACUUCCAAAUGAAAGCCCUCAAGAGAUCCAAGUCAGCAGCCACCUGAAACUUGGAGAACUUUACUAUAGACUUCCUUUAGUCCAAAAAAGAGACAUUCACAACUCUGUAGAAGCUAAGAGAUGUGCAACAGUGUCCGGUGUGACUUUUGCUAACAAACCUAAUGAAAGGAUGUAGAAAAGGAGUAAGAAACUGGAAUUGAGACCAAAGAUCAACUAUACUUGAAUUGAAUGGUGGAGCAGGCUCAAUGGCCAGUGUCAUCUUCUCCUGCUCCUGAUUCUUAUGUUCUUAUCUGUGGGAGAUUUACUCACAAUCUAAUCUGUGAACUCCCUGACCUGGGACCAUUUGAUGCAGAACAACAGACGUUUACUCUAUUAAUUCUGUGCUCUACCAGCUCUGAGAAUGGUAGAUGGAAGUGUUAGUUUACUUUUUAUUAAAUCAUGCAGAGGGUGUUUGAUGGGACUGCGUAGAAGGAACACUUUGUUUCAAAAAAACUGAGCCUGACCCUGGGUCCAUUUGAUGCAAUAGUCUAAAGGGAGAUUUAAUGUUCAGUUAACCUAUGUUAUACCUUCAUUGGAUGAAUUAAUUGGGCAGCGUAAAGCAUGUUUUCAAGAAGCAUAGAAUCCCUACGGUGUCAAAACAGGCCAUUCGGCCCAACAAGUCCACACCACCCCUCCGAAGAGCAUCCCACCCAGACCCAUUCCCCUACCCUGCAUUUCCCAUGUCUAACCCACCUAACCUAAACAUCCCUGGGCUCUACAGGCAAUUUAGCAUAGCCAAUCCACCUACCCUGCACAUCAUUGGACUGUGGGAGGAAAAUGGAGCACCCAGAGGAACUGACACAGACAUGGGGAGAAUGUGCAAACUCUACACCGACAGUCACCCAAGGCUGGAAUCAAACCCAGGUCACUGGUACUGUGAAGCAGCAGUGCUAACCACUGAGCCACCAUGCUGCCCAAUCUUUAUUUUUCUUUAAUAAAAACCAAAAGAACUGCGGAAGCUGUAAAUCAGGAACAAAAACAAAGCUGCUGGAAAAGCUCAGCAGAUCUGGCGGCAUCUGUGAAGGAGAAAUCAGAGUUAAUGUUUCAGAACUGAGGAAGUUAACUCUACGUUAUUUUGGCCUAUUGCUGGGCUAUGCGAUCUAAUCCUGGGUUCCAGACUUUAGGAAAGUUAAAGAAACGUUAACUCUGUUUUCUCCUUCACAGAUGCUGCCAGACCUGCUGAGCUUUUCCAGCAACUUUGUUUUUGUUCCUUGUCUUUAUUUGUCUUAUUUAUCUUCAUUUGUCUUGGGUUCAUUUGGUGGAAUGUAAUAGUGUAGAGAGAUCUCUGUAUCUGCUCUGAGAGUGCUUGAUGGAACACUGUAGCAGGAGUUUUAUGUUUAUCUAACCCAUGCUGUAUCUACCUUAGGAGGAUUUAAUAGGUUAGACUAGAAUGAGUUUUACUCUAUAUAACCUUUGUAGCAGGUGUAAGGAAAACAUUGAUGAGGCAAGUGUAGAACCAACUUUAUUCUAUAACCUAAGCUUUACCUUCCUUGGAAAUCUCUCACAAGGCAGUGUUGACUUACAGGGUAGUUUAACAUACAGCCUUUUUGUCCUAAGAACAUUUGAUAGAGCAGGGUUGAGGAAGCUUUACCUUAUGCCACUGAUGAAACAGAUGAGAGGGAGAAUUACUCUGUAUUUUGCCAAUUCUGCACCUUCCAGAAGGACUUGACGGAACAGUGCAGAGGAAACUUUCAGGCCUGAAUGACCUGCACUAGUUCUUGUAUAAGAGAGUUGAGGCUGAUUGAUCUUAUUCAUGUUCCAAUGAGGGGAUAAAUUGCCAUCCUUGUGUUCUUAAAUAAUUUGAAUGUCUGAACAGCCACUUCUUGCUUCUGUGUAGAAGAUUUAUAUGUCUAAAGUACCAUCAUGAGAUCCUGAACAAGACAUCUGGGAGGCUGAAUGGCCUCAUCAUUUUCCUGUAUUACUGGCUGAACAGACUGAAUAGCUUCUGUUAAUUGUACAAAUUGAAAUUAAACACAUUCAGGUGGAGAUCAUAGAUUGGUUGGGGGCACGAGUGUAAACAGCAGAAUACUGACACAACAGUAGGGUAACAUUUCACCGUAAAUAAAUCUAUUCCAACUAAA